ACAUCACCAAAACCUGCACCUGCCCACCUAGGAGGAGCCCUCAGCAUUGCCGGCAGUGACCUCAACCAUUGCCGCCGCCGCCACCGCCACCGCAUAACGCUAUCUGAUUCUUCUGAUCUUUACCGGAGACUGCGUUUAAUUGUUAGUACACCCAUAUUGGAAAUGGGCUUUCCUCGAGGUGUAAAAUGCCCCUUUGAGAUCCUGAGCAAGAGGUUAAAUGCCCCCUUGCAAUUGAGACAGUCUUACACCACCCUGACAAGUGGAGGAAAGUUGGGUAAUGAAAUUGGGGGAAGUGCAAACCCAUGCGUCUCUAGAUAUCCAAAUAGGAGUCUUGAGAUUGGGUUCCCAUUAAGAAGCUACUCAACUGAUGUUUCUGCUGUGGACCAGAUGAGCUUGAUAAAGCUCCUGAGGGAGCGAACUAGUGCACCCAUAAAAGAAGUAAAGGCUGCUCUUGUUGGUACCAAUUGGGACAUUGAUGCGGCUCAAAAAGAGUUAAGGAAAAGAGGAGUUGUUCUGGCAUCAAAAAAAUCAUCUCGUACUGCUGCUGAAGGUUUGCUGGCUUUGGCACAGGAUGAAAGAAGGGCUGCACUAGUUGAGCUUAACUGUGAAACAGAUUUUGUUGCAAGGAAUGAAAUUUUUCAGUACCUGGCUUUGUCUUUGGCAAGAUCAGCACUAUUGGUUGAGGGUUCACAGCAGGCAUCUGGUUCAAUUCAUUUUGGACCUGAAUUUCUGGAGGGUGUGAAGCUUAAUCUUGUUCACCCUAAAUUAAAUGGAGAGAGAACUGUUCAAAAUGCAAUUACUGAAAUAGCUGCAAUGAUGGGGGAACAUGUUAAACUGAGAAGGGGAUUUGCAAUAGCCAAUCCCUUGCAGGGUAUCAUGGCUACAUAUUUACAUACAAGUCCCCAACAAGGCAUUGGGCGCAUUGCUGGGAUUUUAUCUCUUGAAGUAGAGGAUCCUAAUGCUCCCUUGGAUGCUGUUCGGCGCAUUGGAUCAGAACUAGCAAUGCAUGUGGUGGCAGCAAAGCCAUUGUUCUUAACCCGGGAAAAUGUUUCUACUGAUGCAUUAGAAAAUGAACGUGAGAUUCUCAAAUCGCAGGCAGAAAGUACAGGCAAACCUGCAAUGGCCAUUGAGAAAAUGGUUGAAGGUCGUCUGCGGAAAUACUACGAGGAUGUAGUGUUGAUGGAGCAGAAAUUUGUUGUGAAUGACAAACUUGAUAUAAAGACAGUGUUGAGUAAUCUAGCCAAGGAAGUGGGUUCACCUGUAAAGAUAGGAAGCUUUCUACGAGUGGAAGUCGGAGAAGGCCUUCACAGUCUCGAAGAAUGUGAUGGUGCUGAACCUUCUUCAGCUCAGGUAGCCUGAUUUGGACAACAAAUUUUGUUCCUUUUGGAGACUAAUCAAAUGUUUGUUCUGCUCAAGUGUGUUUUGUUCCUUUUGGAGACUAAUCAAA